GCCGAAGACGAGACAACAACCCUGAUAAGAACACUUUGAAAUAAGAAACAAUGUUUCGAUCUUUGUUAAUAUUUGGCAUUGUGCUGAUCUGCCGACAUCACAUUAGCGCAAGUACGGAUGAUUUGGUAAGUGAAGUAUUUGGAACGCCGCCAGCGAGUGAUAAUCGAGGAAGUCCCGAUGUUUAUGAGACAUGCACUCAUGAAGGCAUUCAAGGCGAAUGUGUGCCCUUCUAUCUCUGCAGUAACGAGUCAAAAAUAUUGACUGGCGGCGAAGGUGUCAUCGAUAUUCGGUUUAGCGAGGACAAAGAAUGCAAAGAUUACUUGACGACAUGUUGUUUCACGGAGGAAAAAUUAGCAGAGCCACGAAAGCCGGAGCCAAUUCUUGAAGGGGGAUGCGGAAUAAGAAAUUUCGAAGGUCUCGGAUUCAGAAUUCAAGGCGCUAAAGAUAUGGAAUCAGAAUUCGGAGAAUUUCCAUGGAUGGUUGCUUUGCUGUCAGAAGAAGAAGCUUUAGGCAAGCUCGUAAACGUAUACAAAUGCGGCGGAUCUCUUAUCGCUCCAAAUGUCGUUUUAACGGGCGCUCAUUGUGUCUUCGAUCGUGAACCUCAUCAACUAAAAGCACGUUUAGGUGAAUGGGAUACCCAAACAGCCAACGAGCUUUUCCAACAUCAAGACUUCCAAGUUGUCCGUAAAAUCGUUCAUGAAAAUUUCAACUCGAAAUCUCUUUACAACAACGUUGCUUUGUUAGUUUUGGAUAAACCCGCAUUGUUACAAGACAACAUCGGAACAAUUUGUUUGCCGCCGCAAGGCGCCAUCUUUGAUGGAGCUCGUUGCACCGCUUCGGGAUGGGGUAAAGAUCAUUUCGGAAAGGAAGGCAAGUAUCAAGUUAUCUUGAAGAAACUCGAUUUGCCCGUUGUGCCAAAUCCCGAUUGUCAAAAUCGAUUGAGAACAACGCGUUUGGGACGUUAUUUCAAGUUGCACGAGUCGUUUAUGUGUGCCGGAGGAGAACCCGGAAAAGAUACGUGUCGCGGAGAUGGCGGUUCGCCGUUGAUUUGUCCCGUUCAAGGCAAUCCAAAGGUUUAUUAUCAAGCUGGAAUUGUCAGUUGGGGCAUCGGAUGCGGAGAAAAUAACAUUCCGGGUGUUUAUGCAAAUGUUGGUAUGUUCCGAAACUGGAUCGACUUCCAAUUACAACAAAUCGGCGGAAUUGAUACUUCCAAAUAUGUCUAUCAUCAAUAAAAUAAGCAGAAAAAGUUUCUUAGAUUAGAAGAAACGCAAAAAUUGUAACACAAAAGUAAAUAAAUAACGGUAUUUUAAUGUUAAAGUCCAAAUUUGGUAUCUGAAAAGUGUUUAAAAAUGAGA